CAUUAAAUCCAAGCUCCCCUCCAUCCAGGCGCGGUCAACCUGAUGUGAGGAUCGAAAAUAGGAGGGCUUAUAAGUCACCCCCCCACACUCCCAUGACGAGGGGGCAGCGUGGCGGCGGCGUGGUCGUCGGGGGAGCGCACAGCACACACAGCGGGACGCACAAGGAAGGCAGCAAGCAGAGGGCGCACACAAAGAGACACUUGGCGCGGCGGGAUGCGCUCGUAUUGUGACUCUCUUUUAUGGGGGAAGUAGGAAAUUAAGCCCCCCCCACCACUGGCCGGCACCACCAACCCUUCUUUUUUUAUACAUAUAUAUUUUUGGGGAAGGACUGGACCACCACUUGUGCCCUCUUCUGCUCCUCCGGAUGCUCAGAAAUGGGGGAAUGGACUAUACUAGAGAGGCUCCUGGAGGCUGCUGUCCAGCAGCACUCUACUAUGAUAGGAAGGAUCCUACUGACAGUGGUGGUGAUCUUCCGAAUCCUGAUCGUGGCCAUCGUGGGGGAGACGGUGUACGAUGACGAGCAGACCAUGUUCGUGUGUAACACCCUGCAGCCGGGCUGCAACCAGGCGUGCUACGACAAGGCUUUCCCCAUCUCGCACAUCCGCUACUGGGUCUUCCAGAUCAUCAUGGUGUGCACGCCCAGCCUGUGCUUCAUCACUUACUCGGUGCACCAGUCGGCCAAGCAGAAGGAGCGCCGCUACUCCACCGUCUACCUGACCCUGGACAAGGAGCAGGACUCGCUGAAGCGUGACGAGGGCAAGAAGAUCAAGAACACCAUCGUCAACGGUGUGGUGCUGCAGAACACCGAGAAUUCCACUAAGGAGGCUGAGCCGGACUGCCUAGAGGUCAAGGAGAUCCCCAACUCGGCUGCCGCCAGAACUACUAAGUCAAAAAUGAGGCGCCAGGAGGGCAUCUCGCGCUUCUACAUCAUCCAGGUGGUGUUCCGCAACGCACUGGAGAUAGGCUUCCUGGUGGGCCAGUACUUCCUGUACGGCUUCAAUGUACCCUCCGUGUACGAGUGCGACCGCUACCCGUGCAUCAAGGACGUCGAGUGCUACGUCUCCCGGCCCACGGAGAAGACCGUGUUCCUGGUCUUCAUGUUCGCUGUCAGCGGCUUUUGCGUAGUGCUCAACCUGGCCGAACUCAACCACUUGGGCUGGAGGAAAAUCAAGACGGCCGUGCGAGGGGUGCAGGCCCGCCGGAAGUCCAUCUACGAGAUCCGGAACAAGGACCUGCCAAGGAUGAGCGUACCCAAUUUCGGGCGCACGCAGUCCAGCGACUCGGCUUACGUCUAGGAGAGGAACUUUGGACGCACGCAUAAAAAAAUCCAUGACUUUUUCCAACAGUGGGCAAGUUUUAUUUCCCUUUGCUUUUAAUCUUUUGGACUCUGAAGGACUCCAGCAGGCGUGGAUUACACGUUUGCUCACUUAUUUAUUAUGAUUUCUAUGAUUAUGAUUGCACUGAUGCAACUUUUUAGCAACGUUUCUACGUAAGAGGAACUACGUGCUCACUGAACACUUCAUAAGGGACACCUGCCCUUGCAAUGCUCACUUUUGAGGUAUUCAUGUAACAGCACGCAUAUUAUUGCGCUUGUUUGGUGCAGAACUGCCAAAUCAAGUGAACCAAAAUAUUAGAAACGACAUUUCUACACCACUGCAAACUACAAAACUGUUAGCUGAAUACCUCAAAAUUAGUAGUUCUAUUUGUGCAGGGGCACCUAGUGUUGUGGUCAGUGAGUUGAGCUGGACUAGAAGGGAGGAAAAUGCAAAAAAAAAAAAAAAAAUGCACUAAGGAGGUGAACUAUAUGUGAACUAAUGUGCUUCUUUAACCUGAAGACAUGCUUUUAUUUCCACCUGUAGUUAAAUGGCACCAUAAAAAGGACAUCCAGAUUUAUAAAUAUAUAUAUAUAUAUAUAUAUAUAUAUAUAUAUAUAUAUAUAUAUAUAUAUAUAUAUAUAUAUAUAUAUAUAUAUAUAUAUAUAUAUAUAUAUAUAUAUAUAUGGUUCACAUACAUUUACAUGUAUUUUGUUGCCUGUGUCACACCACUUGACCUUAAACAUAACAUGUAAGUAACCGUUCCAUUGCUUUCUAUCAAGCAGCAAAACGCUAACGUCUGUGACACUUAAAAAUAUUUUUAGGACACACCAAAGCGCCCACGGCUUUUUUUUUUUUUAUAUAUUAUUUGUCAAGUUGCUUCUUCUCUUUGUUGUCUGUGUAAUCAAGUGCCAUACUUGUAUAUAGACAUAAUAUAAAUGUAUACAAUUAUAAAUAUAUAAAUAAAUAAAUAUAUACAUAUAUAUAUAUAUAUAUAUAUAUAUAUAUAUAUAUAUAUAUAUAUAUAUAUGUAUAUAUAUAUAUAUAUAUAUAUAUAUAAAAUAAUCAUCAUCGAGAAGCUUAUUCCCCUGCUUGGAUAAAUGCUAAAUGCCGCCCAUUUCUUUUUUUAAAUAAUAAAAAACUUGUAUUCAAUGUAUUUGUGAUUGCAACUGGGAAUCUUUUUUUUAAAUACAAGAAUAAAAAUGCUUCCCCCCCAAUUAAAAGCUCAAAAUAUGAACUAUAGCACAAAUUUAUGUUUUUAAUCAAAGAAAGUACGAUUAAAAAUCUGCUUUGGUGCUACAGUUUUUGUUUUUUUUCGGUUUUAAAAUGUAACCAAAAACACAACCCAGGAGGAAAUGAUGACCAUCAUCCUGUUUUUUUUCUGUGAAAAAUAAAAAGUGGGAUUCAU